GGGACGGGACGGCACGGCACGGGACGGCACAGCGCGGCUCGGCACGGCACAGCCCGGCACAGCCCGGCCCGCAGCGUCCCGGCCCGCCGGAGCCAUCGCCCGGCCCAACCCGCAGCGCCCCCGGCCCGCCCGCCCGCCGCCACGAUGCUGGCGCUGCUGUCCCGGCUGCUCGAUUGGUUCCGCUCGCUCUUCUGGAAGGAGGAGAUGGAGCUGACCCUGGUGGGGCUGCAGUACUCGGGCAAGACCACCUUCGUCAACGUCAUCGCGUCAGGUCAAUUCAGUGAAGAUAUGAUUCCUACUGUGGGCUUCAACAUGAGGAAAGUUACAAAGGGUAAUGUUACAAUAAAGAUUUGGGAUAUAGGAGGGCAGCCCCGAUUCCGGAGCAUGUGGGAGCGAUAUUGCAGAGGAGUUAAUGCUAUUGUCUACAUGGUAGAUGCUGCAGAUCGUGACAAAAUAGAAGCCUCUCGGAAUGAGCUGCACAAUCUUCUAGAUAAGCCCCAGUUACAAGGAAUCCCUGUUCUAGUACUUGGAAAUAAGAGAGACCUUCCUAAUGCUUUGGAUGAGAAACAGCUAAUUGAAAAGAUGAACCUUGCUGCUAUUCAGGACAGAGAAAUCUGCUGCUACUCAAUUUCUUGCAAAGAGAAGGAUAAUAUAGAUAUCACGCUUCAGUGGCUUAUUCAGCAUUCAAAAUCUAGAAGAAGCUGAAGUCUUCCUGGAAUCUCCAGUACCAGUUGGCCAUAAUCUCAAUUGUCCACUUCCCUCCAUAAUGAGAUACUACCCAAAAAUCCUGUAUCAAGAAUCUGCCUUUUCACGGUUCAUCUCUCAUGUGCACUGCUGAAGACUUGUAUUCCUAUUCUGUCACAAAACAACUAGAGUUGUCAUGAUAAAGUCAGCACAAAUAUUUAUUUUACAACCAUCUGUGGUGGGAGGGUUGUGUGGGGGGCUUUUUAAAGAAAUAUCUCUACCAUGUUAACUACGAUGGUACACUCUGUUCUGGUUUUUCAGGGCCAGGUUUUUAUAUGAUUUUCAGCAAGUGUUUUAUUUCUAGUGUUUAGUGGCUUGAAGAUGCUGAUGCUUGACAGCAUUAAGAUUCUGUAAGAUGCCACAUACAGUAGUUAGAAAACAUUUAAGCGUGAGUUGUGGGAUACUGAUUGAUCUCACAAAUGCAUGUGAUGUGUGUAUGUAAGCAGAGAAAUGGAAACUGUUUGCAGAGGGGAGCACAAGGCAUAGAUCAGCAUCACUAAUCUACAGCUGAGAUCCCGUCACUUGAACAAGAAAACUCUCUUGAUGAAUUAGGAAAGUCAUCUGUUUAAAAUCAUUCUGUUGCUUCCGUUUAACAUUUAUGUGGGGGAUGGGAACGGACUGUUCUGUCAAACUUUCAAAAAUCGGAGUAUUCCAGCAUGAAAACGAAUCGCUAGGAACAUCAGGCUGUGUUCAAAUACAUUUUUCUAUCUCCA